AUGCCCAGCAUGUCGCGACGAGCUCCACCACGCGAGUAUUAUGAAGAGGAUGAGGAUUUGGAAAUCGAACGGGAGAGAGAUCGGUACCCACGAUCACGUCGAUCUGAGCGUGAUCUUGACGAAGAGGUUGAGUACCAACGGCGCAGAUCGAUGCCACCAGCGGAGGAUCUUGAGCGCAUGCACAUUCGGGACCGACCACCACGUGAUAUAGUUCGCGAGGCCUACGAAAUACCAAGAGAGUCAGGUCCUCUUGUGAGACGGUCAAGGGAUGAACGAGAUGAAUUCUCACGGGAGAGAGAGCUAGAAGAGCCUCGCGUACGCUCAUCUCGCCGGCGAGGAAGCCGCAGUCAUCGACCUCGUGAACUUUUGGAGGAAGAGGAGUCUGAACUCAUCAUCGGCGAGAGAGACAGGCGUAGGGCCCGAAGACAUCGAAGAUCGCAUGAUUCGGAGAGAGACGAUAUCGCAAUGCGUCACCGAGGACGUGCCAGUGAGGGGGAUCUGAGGCCUCGAGGAAGGAUACUCGAGGAGGAAGAUGAAGUCUACUAUAGAUCGGCGUCACGGCCACGGCACAGACCAUCGCGCCGUGAGGUGGAAUUGGAAGAAGAGAUCGUCAAUGGUAGAAUUGAAGACCGAUCGCGAAAGUCACACUACCGACGGGAGCCCACUUACGAGGAUGAGCUGGUGAUGUCUUGGAAAGACCGCCCAUCCCCUCGAGAGCAGGAAGAGGAGGAGGAUAUUAAGCUCCGAGAGACACGAAGACUACGAAGGCCCAGUCAACCAGAGCCACGAUAUGUGCGGGAACCCCCGUCGAGAGACCUCCCCGGUGCCUGGCCUAUUGAAGAGGAAACCGAAGAAGACGAGGUUCGAUAUCGAGAACGGAGACGCUCACGGCCGCCCAGACACUCCCGACACCGUGACUCUGAAGAGCUGGAGGAUGAGAUUCUGAUUCGUCGAAGAGAUCAUGAUCGCCACGCUGGUCGAGAUAGCAUGGAGAGUGAUGAGAUUGUCAUUCGAAGGAGCAAGGAAAAAGUGCUUCCUCGAAAACGUUCCUUGUCCCCGGAGCGAAUUCGGUCUCCUUCUACUGUACACCAUCGACACAUUGAUCACGACUUUGAGACUGCGCGUCCGUCCCGCGCUCCUAGUCCUGACCUCACUUCGCCCCGAGCCAGUUUUGACGAAAUAGACUAUCAUCAGCGUACACGCCGAGGUCCUGGUGGUCGUAUAUCAGAGGAAGAGAUUGUCAUCAACCAUCGAGAUCGGGAAGAGUCUGUGUCUCCAACUGCAGGUUUUGCCAGCAAUCCAGAAAGCCAGUGGAGGGAGGAGCCACGUAGGCCUCAUAGCCGUCAGCCGCGCUCCCUCGAAGAUGGAGACAGCAUCUCGUCGAUCUCAGGAAGUCCACCUCCUCAGCCACGAGGUCUCUCUCGUGGACCGGUGAUCGACGACGACAUCAUUGAAGAAGAGAUCAAAAUCCGACGAGAACGAUCCGAGCGUCACUUGCGUGAGGAGAUCAGGAAGAAGCAGGAGGAGGAGCUGUCCAUCAUUCCUUCUCCGGCAAGAGACGAGGUUGUUGAAGUCUCCCGCGCUCUAGAGGUCGUCGAAGUGGCACCAAAAGCGGCGGUUCAGGAAGAGUUAGAAGUCCGUGGGCGUGUCGAGCAACAAGUCGUGGCCGAGCGUCCCGACGAGCGGUGGACGGAAAUUGCAAAAGACCUGGUUGUUCGCGAAGCCAUUGAGCGAUUGGGAUAUGAAUUUGAGGAGACAAGAAAAUUUUACUACAUUUUCUCCUUUCUACAGCCGGCCGAUAUUGAUGAGCUAGUGGAGUUAUCGGAUGCCAUUCGUCACGCACGACGACGUCGGAUCAAGGAGAUGCAGCGAGAACGCCAAGAAAGAGCACCUCGACCAAAGUCUAUGGUCGAGCGAAUACCUCCUCGCCCGCGAAUGUCACGACACAUCCGAGAGCGAGAAUGGAUUGUCGAGGAGCGAAUUUGA